UCGUGUAUGAUCUCGUUCAUUCAUCAUUCUCAUGUAAAUAAACUGAUAAAACUCAUAAAACACCCGCAGAAUUACUGAAUAAUAAUCUAUUUUAGAUUAUUCAGCUAUCAUCUAGAUAUUUAAUUGUAUAUCAGAAGCGAGAAGUGACAUUUACUGCAGUUUCAGGUGUCACUGUCUGCAUGAAGUUCGGUUUCUGACUUUGUAAGAAUGCUCCAUUUUCGUACAAACGAGCAAUGCUCAACUACCGGAUUUCCAAUUCCAAUGGUAUUAUAAGUUAAACGUAUUGAGAUGCACAUAUUUUCGUGACGUUUCACAAACACUGACUGUAAUAAUCUCUAAAAAUGACUCAUCUACCCAGAAUGAAAUGGAGCUGGGAAGAAUUCUGCGGAACGGAGAAUUUCACCGUUUGGGCUGGUACUCAUUCAGACCUAUCGCAGUGUUUUCAAACACUGUGUUUACAAAUCCCGGCGUUAUUUCUGAUAGCUGUUAUAUCGGCGUAUUACGCUGGCAAAUACGACAAUUGGCUCAUAAGAACAUCGAGAGAAAAAACCAUCAUCAAGAUAAGAAUGAUCAUCGUUCUAGUACUAGCUUUACUGCCAGCCGUCAGAAUUAUCGUGCUGGUCACUCAAGAUCCGAAAUCGUUACGCGCUGUGAAUUAUUUCUUCAUGAUAUUGGAAUCGUUCACGUGGUUUGUUCAUUUAAGCUACGUAGCAGCGUUGAAGAAUCGAUUAGGGUCCAGUUUACGAGGACGUGUUGUGCUGAUAUCGCUUUACAUGUUUUUCUUCGUCAUCUGCGUCAUAAGAGCGAAAUCAUUGUACGUUAAUUUUGUCGAAGAUGUUCCUUCGGAAGCUUGGGUUUAUCUUCUAUUCUCGUUUAUUACGCUUUUCACUCAAAUUUUGUACGGAUUGACGUUGAUACCUUCGGAAGAUACUCCUUCCCGGAGACAAACACUGGACGCUAUGGAUCGAGACGAUGUUAUGUUCUCUUCGGUACUUAGUCAAUACUAUCGUUUUCGAGAAGAUUUUGAUCCGCAUUACAUCGGAACUGCUAUGGAAGGAAGUGGUCCUAUAUCCAAGUUAUUUUUCUUAUGGUCUAAUAGACUCAUCGAUAAAGGCGCUGACAAACAAUUAGAUACUCCGGAAGAUGUUUUCGAUUUACCGGAAGAAUUAACGUGCUCUAUUUUGAACGAUAAAUUGACGUUAGCUAUGGAUACUCCGUUAUCUGGAGAAGACGUAUCUCGUAUUACUCUGCUCAGAGGUCUUCAUAAGUGUUUCGCUAAACAAUUCUACGGCGUUGGUAUUCUCAGACUGAUUGCUGAUUUGGCUAGCUUUGCCAGUCCUUUAUUACUCCACGAGCUUUUAACGUUUAUCGACGAUGAACGAAUACCUGUACCGUAUGGUUAUUUUUACGCUGCUGGCAUUUUUUUCGCUUCUUUGAUAGGUUCAUUUUGCUCGAUACAUUUUGAUUUUUUUAUCGGUACGAUUAGUUUGAAAUUACAAAGCGCCUUGAUCGCUAGAAUAUAUCGAAAAAUUCUGUUACUCAACCCAUCUGUGUUCAAAGAAAUAAGCGUUGGCGAGAUUGUCAACCAUAUUAAUACAGAUAUGAAUAGAAUAUCGAAUUCUUGCAUAAGUUUUCAUUCUGUGUGGAGUAUUCCUUUGCAGUUAAUCGUAUCACUUUACCUGCUCUACACUCAAGUAGGCAUCGCUGCCAUCGCUGGUGUCGCAUUUUCCAUCGUUCUAAUUCCAAUCAAUAAAGUAAUAGCGGUAAAAAUAGGAAAUUUAAGCGUUCGUAUGAUGUCUGAAAAAGACAAACGAGUGGAAAUGAUGAACGAAUUAAUCAAAGGGAUCAGAGUGAUAAAAUUACACGUCUGGGAAGAGUAUUUCGUUUCGAAAGUCUUGGGUAUUCGUGUCAAGGAAAUGAAGUACUUGAAGAGUCGUAAAUAUCUAGAUGCUUUGUGCGUGUAUUUUUGGGCUACCACGCCGGUCAUAAUAGCAAUUUUAACGUUCACCGUUCACGUUUACAUGGGCAGAGAGCUGAAUGCCGCCAUCGUAUUUACUAGUUUAUCUCUUCUCAACAUGCUGAUCGUUCCUGUAAACGCAAUACCGUGGGUAUUAAAUGGAGUUAUUGAAGCGUGGGUUUCGGUAAAACGAGUCAGCUCCUAUUUACAAUACGAUGAAAUAAACGUUUCGACAUAUUAUACUCCCAAAAAAGACGACACGAAAUCUGUGAUAGUGAAUAAUGGAACGUUCAGUUGGAACUUGGACACGAUGCAUUUAUCCAAUAUCAAUUUAUCGAUUGAAAAAGGACAGUUAGUUGGAAUUAUCGGACCGGUGGGUAGUGGUAAAUCUUCAUUGUUGGCAGCUUUAUUGGCGGAAAUUCAAGGUAUUCGAGGAUUCGUCUCGGUGGAUGGUGUCGAAGAUGGUAUCGGCUACGUCUCACAAAAUCCAUGGAUUCAACAAUGCUCGGUUCGAGAUAACAUCAUAUUCGGUAGCACCUACGAAUUGACUAAAUACAGAAAAGUGGUCGAAGCUUGCGCUCUACUGGAAGAUUUCAACUGCUGGCCAAACGGUGACUCAGAAGUAGUCGGUGAAGGAGGAUGUACUUUGAGCGGUGGCCAAAAAGCUAGAAUCGCUCUAGCGCGUGCUGUUUAUCAAAACAAAUUGGUUUACAUAAUGGAUGACGUGUUGUCUGCUGUCGAUACUCAAGUAGCAGUUCACAUAUAUAACGAAUGCAUUAAAAAAUUACUCCAAGGUAAAACGAGAAUUCUAGUGACACAUUUUACUCAGCUGUUGAACACCGCCGAUUGGGUUGUUAAGUUAAAUAACGGUGAAAUCGUUAAACAAGGACUUCCAACCGAAGUUUUAUCCGAUCCUGAUUUAUCUACAAAAUCUUAUAAAUCAUCUGAAAGUAUUCUUUGCGAAGAAAACGCCAUCAAAUGUGAAUCUAACGGAGAUGAAAUCGAAGCCGAAGGACGAGAAAAAGGAAUUGUAUCUUUCAGAGUGUAUUACUCAUAUUGGAAAGCUGUUGGGCAUGUUUUAGCGUUGCUAAUUAUACUAUCAGUGCUCGCUAUGCAGGUUUCCAGACGUGCAGUCGACUGGUGGUUGACAAUUUGGGUUUCGGCGAAUAAAGAAACUCGAUCGAAUUCCACCGAUUUUUAUUUCUUAUACGAUUUCGAAUAUAACAUGGUUCGUGAUCGAACAUCGGACGUUUAUUACUUUCUAUCAGUGUACAUCGCUAUAGGCGUAGCUAAUUCUAUCAUCGUAAUGAUCAGAGCCUUUCUGUUCGCUUAUGGAGGGAUUCAAGCAGCGAGUCAAAUUCAUAAAUCGUUACUGUCGUCGAUAGUUCAAGCUCAUGUGGAGUUCUUCGAUGUUUCACCUCUAGGAAGAAUUCUGAACAGGUUUUCUUCCGAUACGAAUACAGUCGAUGAUAGUUUACCAUUCGUGAUCAAUAUUCUAUUAGCUCAAUUCUCCUCGCUCAUUGGUAUCGUAUUGAUGACGGUGUACGGAAUACCGUGGCUAUGCCUGAUAUUAGCUCCGUUAUUGCCAAUUUACCAAAGAAUCCAGAGUCGUUAUCGGUUAACUUCCAGAGAAUUGAAACGAUUGGGUAGUUUAACGCUGUCUCCUCUCUACAGCCAUGUUAGCGAAACGAUAAACGGAAUUAUGACAAUUCGUGCUUUCAAAGAAUCACGCAGAUUUGUCCGUGAAAAUGAAGAUAAAGUAGAUACGAUGCAAAAGUGCACCUUUUCCAGCCUCGCAGCUUCUGUCUGGCUCAACGUCAGAUUACAAACCAUCGGUGUCAUUGUGAUCGGAGGUGUCUGUAUUAUUGCUGUGGUCCAACGUCAUAUCGAUGUUGCUCAUUCUGGAUACGUUGGUUUAGCGUUAUCGUACGCCCUGACUUUAACCGUAAGCUUAGGAGGAAUCGUAAAUAUUUUCACUGAAACAGAACAACAAAUGGUUGCUGUAGAAAGAAUAGACGAAUAUAUCUACAAACCAAAAUCAGAAUUGAGAAACUGUAAAGUAGACAUCGAUUUACCAUUUGCAUGGCCAUGCCAAGGAGUCGUUUCGUUCAUCAACGUGUGCCUUAGAUACAGAGAAGAUAUUCCAUUCGCGUUGAAAAAUGUAAAUUUCGAAACACACGGUGGUGAGAAAAUCGGCAUCGUUGGACGUACAGGAGCCGGUAAAAGUUCCUUAUUCGUAACUUUAUUCAGAUUAACCGACGUAACCAGCGGUGUAAUUUGUAUCGAUACCAUCAAUAUAUCCAAUGUUCCUUUACAUAAGCUCAGAUCUAAAAUUACAAUCAUUCCGCAAGAUCCGUUCAUUUUUUCUGGUACCCUACGGGAGAACAUUGAUCCUCUGAAUGAACGAGAAGAAAUUCAAAUUUGGGACGCUCUGCAUAAAUGCGAUCUUUUUGAUUUAGUUCAAAAAUUAGGCGGUUUAAACGCUCGCCUGAAAAGUGGCGGUAUUAAUAUUUCUGUCGGAGAAAGACAACUUCUGUGUUUGGUCAGAGCUGCUCUUCGAAAUACCAAAGUGGUUUGUAUCGAUGAAGCUACAGCGAAUGUGGAUCAAGAAACUGAUAAAAAAAUUCAAAAAGCUAUUCGUAAUUUAUUUCAAAGUAGUACAGUUUUCAUCAUUGCUCAUCGAAUUCAAUCUGUGAUGGAAUGUGACAGGGUUUUGGUGAUGAGUCAUGGCGAAGUUCUGGAAUUCGAAUCGCCCGAAGAAUUACUAAAAAAUGAAAACUCGUAUUUCUAUCAAAUUGUGAACCAACAAGUUGCCAGCUAGAUUUUUCACAAGUUUCCACAAAAUCUGUGGCACGUCAGGCACGUGGUAUAUUUUAUCAAUUUUAAACGAAAUAUCUGUGAUUCAUUUUACUUUAAUUUAUGUUAACGAUAGGCUCAUUUUUUUCAUUAUUUACCAUUAUUGAUUGUUAUAGCAUUUAACAUGUGAUAUUAUUCUUUUUAUAAUUACUUAAUCAGUCAUUCGUGCGUUUGAAUGUUUUCUUUUUUUCUUUUUUUUUCUUAAUUCAUGACUGUUAAAACAUCACUCAACAAAAAACACGCCAUAAUUGUUUGCAUUCAAAAGUAUAAGUACAUAUUUAUCAUUAUUACUGAUUUUUCCGAAGUGAAAGACAAAGAUAGUUGAUUUUGGAAAGAAUAAUGAACAUUAUAGAAAUGAAAUUUUUUUAUAGACUUGAUUUCGAUCGUGUUUUUAAUAUUAAUAAUUUGAAGGUUGUUUUGUAAGAUUUUUAUACGGUGUUUUAGUUAUUGUAGUAUGACACCUGCUCAAAGAUGCUGCAACUUUCUUAUGGUUUAAAAUGCUUGAAUCAGAAUCAAAUAUGUUUUUUGUACUAUUCGAUGAAUUUUCGCUCUUUUUUUGACAAAAUUUCUGAAAAUUGAAAAAAAAAUAGUACCUAGGACCUACCUUCUUGUACAAUUAAAGUAUAAAAACAGCGGUUGUUUUGAAUUACAUUUUACCUACUUCCUUUUAAGUUUUAAUCUCGAAUACGACAAUUCCAAAUACGUUUUUGUUAUUCAGGUUGCAGCAUUUUUAUGCAGGGGUAAAAUACUGUGAUAAAAGCAUCUGGUGUUUUCAAUUUACCGAAUUAUUUUUACUAUUUAAUGUUAUUUCUUUAUUUGUGAUGUGAAUGUUUCACGACGUUUUAGUAAUACAAAGGUUUUGAUAUUGA